AUGCUGAAACUUAAUCAAGCUGACCGAAACGAAUUGUUUAAUUGGUGUGCUAAUAAUGAAAUACGCUGGAAGUUUAUACCUCCUCGCGCACCGCAUUUUGGCGGCCUUUGGGAAGCCGCCGUCAAAUCAGCCAAAACACAUAUGCUGAAGGAAAUCGGAAAGGUUAGCAUCACUUAUGAGAACAUGCUAACUCUGCUUGCACAGAUUGAAAUGUGCCUAAAUUCGAGGCCACUGACAGUUUUACCAUCAGAUCCGUCGGACCUAGAAGCAUUAACGCCCGGACAUUUCCUGGUAGGCUCCAACCUUCAAGCUAUUCCAGAAGCGUUCCUCCAAAAUAUUCCAGAAAAUCGCCUUGACCACUGGCAGCAGACCCAGAAGCACCUAAAGCGAAUUUGGUCCCGUUGGUACCCUGAGUAUCUCCAACAACUACAGACUCGGGCAGUCAAAACCAACAAGGCACCUAUUGUUCUUCAACCUGGGCAAGUCGUUAUCAUAAAAGAUGAUUGCCUACCACCAGCUCAAUGGCCACUCGGAAAAAUUGUAAAGGUACACCCUGGCAAGGAUGGGAUCGUCCGAGUCGUGAUUCUGAGAACUUCUUCGGCGGAGAAUGUCGUGCGACCUACAGCAAAAAUAGCACUUUUACCAUCACCAAUCAACAGCUAA